CACUUCCGGGUUUGGCACUAACCAGCACCCGGCGGCGGCGAUAGAUCGGCCUUUUUGGGUCUUGCUCCGAAGCUCCGCCUCCCUCCGGUUUUUCCAGAAACCCGGCUUUGCUUUUGGUGGUGUCGUACAGGUAUUUCCCGGCCACUUCGGGAGCUCGCAAGGCAGUUCGCUGCUCUGGAGCGGACGAGACUUUUCUGUUGAGCGUCCCAGACGCGUGUGUGGGUCUCCCAUGGCGGAUACGGCUCCGAACGGCCCCCAAGGGGCGGGCGCAGUGCAAUUCAUGAUGACCAACAAACUGGACACGGCAAUGUGGCUUUCUCGCUUGUUCACAGUUUACUGCUCUGCUUUGUUUGUCCUCCCUGUUCUUGGGUUGCAUGAAGCUGCAAGCUUUUACCAACGUGCUUUACUGGCAAAUGCUCUUACCAGUGCUCUGAGGCUGCACCAAAGAUUACCACAUUUCCAGUUAAGCAGAGCAUUCCUGGCCCAGGCUUUAUUAGAAGACAGCUGCCACUACCUGCUGUACUCACUCAUCUUUGUCAAUUCCUACCCUGUGACAAUGAGUAUUUUCCCAGUCUUGUUAUUCUCUUUGCUUCAUGCUGCCACAUACACGAAAAAGGUCCUUGAUGCAAAGGGUUCAAAUAGUUUACCUCUGCUGAGAUCUGUCUUGGAUAAAUUAAGUGCUAAUCAACAGAAUAUUCUGAAAUUCAUUGCUUGUAAUGAAAUCUUCUUGAUGCCUGCUACAGUUUUUAUGCUUUUUAGUGGUCAAGGAAGUUUGCUCCAGCCUUUUAUAUACUAUAGAUUUCUUACUCUUCGAUACUCCUCUCGAAGAAAUCCAUAUUGUCGGACCUUGUUUAAUGAACUGAGAAUCGUUGUUGAACAUGUAAUAAUGAAACCUGCUUGCCCACUGUUUGUGAGAAGACUUUGUCUCCAGAGUAUUGCUUUUAUAAGCAGACUGGCACCAACAGUUUUAGAAUUGGCAGAUAUUUUCUGUGGCAAUUUUAACGACUUACACUAAACAAAAUGCCAUACAAACUGAAAAACCAGAAUUCCAGACAAGCCCAUGGGAAUUCCUGACUGAUAAUUUGUGAAGGAAAUCAGAGUACAACCCUCAUUCAGACCAUGCUCACUGAAUGCACAUUUUUAUUGUCUAAGUGACGGUCUUCGGAAGCAGCACCCCAUGGCUGUUCUUUGUGAUACCAUCAUAAUUUGGGUAUUCAUAUAAUUGUUUUUCAAAGUUUGUAGAAUAAAUCAUUCAAUACUUAGGAGAUGCUU